AUGGUCGACGAGGAGGCUGAACUCGUAUUGCAAAAUGCCCUGGCAAACAGCCCAUCGCCUUAUCUUCGGGCGCACAAGGACAAUCCGGUAGCGUGGCAAGAAUGGUCAGAAAAGAGCAUUUCUUUAGCAAAACGAGGCCAGCGCCUCAUCUUUCUCAGUAUCGGCUAUAAUGCCUGCCACUGGUGUCAUGUGAUGGAACGAGAAUGCUUCAGCUCCCCGGAAGUCGCCUCUAUCCUCAACAAGUCAUUCAUACCCAUCAAAGUCGACCGAGAAAGUCGACCGGAUCUGGACGACAUCUAUAUGAGCUAUGUCACCGCCACGACGGGAUCUGGAGGGUGGCCAUUGAAUGUGUUUCUCACCCCUGAUCUCAAGCCUGUAUUCGGCGGUACCUAUUGGCCUGGUCCAUCACCAACCACGAACCUUCGGCGAACAACUUCUCAGGAUGAGGUCCCCGUGACUUUCCUAGACAUUCUACGCAAGAUGCUUGAAAUCUGGACGACUCAGCGUGAACGAUGUCUCCAGUCUUCCUCCGACAUCACGGCUCAACUACUCGCUUUCGCAGCAGAAGGAAUCCAUUCUCAGUCCUCGGAAAUAGUCCGCGGUGCCGAAUCAGCGCAGUCGGAGGAACCGGAACCCAUCGAACUCGACCUGCUUGACGACGCUCUGAAUCAUUUCAUAGCUCGCUAUGACUCGCUUCACGGCGGGUUCAGCGCGAGUCCAAACGCCUCGAAGUUUCCCACUCCCUCCAACCUCACAUUUCUGCUCCGGAUCGGCGCGGCGAUCGCACAACCUUCAACCCACACGCGUUUUGGCUUUUUCAGCCCCGUGCCAGGGAUCCUCGGGCGAGACUCAUGCCUCAACGCCGCCUCGAUGGCCAUCCACACCCUACUUGCCAUGUCGCGCUCGGGACUGCGAGACCAACUAGGCUAUGGGUUUCACCGGUACAGUGUCACGCCCGACUGGAAUCUUCCUCACUUCGAGAAGAUGAUGUGCGACAACGCUCAGUUACUCGGCUGUUAUUGCGAUGCCUGGGCUCUUGGUCGCGACCCCGAGAUACUCGGUACCAUCUACAACUUGGUCGAAUACCUUACAAACCCGGAAUCUCCCAUCGUCCGACCGGGCGGCGGCUGGUAUUCCAGUGAAGACGCCGAUUCUCGUCCGACCUUGAGCACAUUGACCAAUGGAGUGACCGACGACAAGAAGGAAGGAGCAUUCUACGUCUGGACAUCCAAGGAACUGGCCUCUAUACUUGGCGAACAAGACGCAGCCAUCAUCGCGCGCCACUUUGGAGUCAAAUCGGACGGCAACGUUCCCGCGCAGCAUGACCUGCACGACGAGUUUCUGUCCCAAAACGUCCUACAUAUCCAAGCCACGCCAUCUGUGCUGGCCAAAGAGUUUGGGCUUUCAGAGGACGAGAUUGUCCGCGUCAUCAAAAGCGGUCGGGCCAAACUGGCCGAGUACCGGAAAGCCAAACGCGAGGCUCCGACGGUCGACACCAAGACCAUCGUCUCGUGGAACGGGCUUGCAAUUGCAGCUCUCGCGCGGGCAGCCAACACCCUCGCCACUAUCGACAAGCACCGCGCAGCACGGUGUCAAGAAGCGGCUGAACGUGCCGCCGCGUUCGUCCACCAGGAACUGUACGACACUGCGACCGGCAAGUUGGUCCGGAUUCUCGGCAACAACUCCAGCCCGGACAGUAAUGGUGCAUUCGUCGACGACUACGCAUACAUGACCUUGGCAACCCUGGCCCUGUACGACCUGACACUAUCGCAGCCGUAUCUCGACUGGGCUGUCAAAUUGCAGGGCUAUCUCGACGCACACUUCGUGGCCGAUGGUACGGGCGGUUACUACCAGGCGGAGCCGUCCGCUGAGCAGAUCAUCCGGCUCAAACCUGGGACGGACAAUUCUCUACCAUCGCCCAACGGCGUCAUCUGCACCAAUCUUCUAUACUUGUCGUCGUACCUGCUGGACAAGCGGACCGAAUAUGUCGCCAAAGCGCGGGCCGUACUCGGCGCAUUCGCCGUGGAAAUCAUCCAACACCCCUUUCUCUACGUCAGUCUGCUCUCGGGUGUGGUCAUGGAGCAGGUCGGCGUCAAGACCAUCAUCGCGCCCAUGACCACGCGCGAUAGCCAGCUCAGGAAACUCAAGGGCUGGGGCCGGACGGUCGUCAGGGGCCUCGUACAGGAUGUCAUGAUUUGUACGGCUGAGGGCGUCUGUCGGCCGCUCAAGCAGAGUGACCUAGAUGACGUCGAUGAAGCCGAAGCCGAAGCAGAGGCUGGACCUUGA